GUUCGCAUUCCAAACGAAGAAGUGCGACUCGCUGCUGAUAGUUUCUGUAGAAAACGUCUCUUUUUUUUCCUUUGCGUGCAGAGGGCCUCACACGCUCCUUUGCCGCCUCCUAUCCCUUGAGUUUCUUUGCUGUCUUUCUCUUCUUUCAUCAAAAUAAGAAAUAUAUAUAUAUAUUCUCCCCUGUUUAUAGACGAAGCAGCCGUUAUUCCGUUAGCUUAUUUUUGCCUGUUCGUUUGACGUGUUAGCGCGUUGACGUGUACAUAAAUAUCUCUGCACCUGUAUUUCAUUGAUCGCACCUUCUACCUUGCCUGUAAACGAGUACUUGAGUAGAAUUAAUAGCAGCAGCACCGUCAAAUUAGACCACGAACUCGUCGGAAGCAGCGCUCACAUUCCUUCGUCGUUGUAUUGUUGUUUGUUCUGUAUUUCAGCCAUUUCGUUAUCAAACCCCCUUUAUUUAUAUAUAACUUUUGAAUCCUCUUUCGUUCGUGUGUCGAGCCGAUAUGUAUAUGUGUCUCUACCCUGUUUCCCAACUGCCCAACGGUUCUGCUUCUGUUUGGUUUUUUCCUCACCUCUCUUCCUUUUUCUGUAUAGUGUCGCGUCGCUUAGCUGCUCCCCGGGGGGCGCUCCUUCUUCGUGGUGGUUGUUCCUCGCCUAUAGCGUCUCUCUGCCUCUUUUCUUAUUUCCUUCUCGACUGAGUGUGUGUGCGUCUGUGUGUGUUACUGCCUUUUUCACCCCCUUCUCUCUCUCACACACACACAUCAUCACCUCCCCUCAUUCGUAUUUUGUUGUAGUUGCUUCUCUUUUUCUAUUUUCUACUCUGCUGCUUCAACGCACGCGCGAGCGCCACCACGCUGAGAUCAGCAUGGGGUCUCGUGUAUCGGUAGACAGCCGCGAAGCAUCGCAGAAGGCGACCGGGUCGCCGAAGUCGCAGCUUUUGCCGCACCGGCGCACCUCCAAUGAGAACGCCUCCAAGAUCGGCCACCGCGUCUCCAACUCGGUGCGUCUCACCAGCGGGGGGCUCUCGAAGAGUUGCACCUCCUCUGCUGACAAGGAUGCCGAUGUACAGCAAAUAAGUCCUUCUUCUCCACUGCUCCAACAAGCGCAAGCGCACGAGCAGCCGCAGCAGCAACAACAACAGCAGCAGCAACGUUCAGAGGACGAAGACAGCGAGCAACGUCGCCUCUGUGAGAAGAGCCCAGUGCAGUCCUCCAGCCUACUAAACGUAGCUAGCACCCUCAGUACGUCCUCGCAGUUGCUGCUGUGUCGAAAGCAGCAGCAGCAGUCAGCUGAGCAGAUGACGACGACCACCAGCACGACACGCACACCGCGAGGACAGACUACGUUACAACAGCCGCCGUCGCCACCGUCGCUGCAGACGGGCCACCGCCGUCUCAGCGACAGCGCCACGACCACCACCACCUCCAAUAGCAAAGCAAGUCAACAAGUAAAGCGGAACCCUAUAGCCGUUCCCUGUGUGGUGGUGACUGCUUCACCGACGGAAGAUGCGAUGCAAAUGGACGCGGCGGCGGAGCUGGAUGUAGAGUACCUGGAUGAUGGCAGCAACUUCGAUAUCGAUUCCACGGACGAGGACGAGAACGAAGAAGGUGCCACCGCUGCUCAGCACCCCUACAUCAUCUUCCACUCCGCCGCAGCGGGUUGCUUGACGGAGGUUGGUGUGGACAGUGCAAAGCACAGUCCGGCUGGAGGCAAACCAAUCAAGCUGCCAGCGGGUUCGUCCACUCCACUGCCCACAACGCUGCUCUACUCCACCGGUGAUGGUCGUACGAACGGCGGUUUUGAUGAUAGUAAUGCUAUGGAUAGCCUCCGUCGACAGCACACGGCGGAGUCGACGAGUCUGGUCAGCUUAGCGGCGACGCAAGACGAUGUGUUUACCCCGACGAGCGCUCGCAGCACCGGCAAUGACCGCCUCGGUAGUGUGUCGCCGAUCCUUAAUGGAUUUGGGUCCGUGAAUGGCAGUCGACCGCCGAGUCGGUGCCUCGUCGGCGCCCCGCGUAACGGCUGCGUCGAUCAGGCCAACCACCACGGCCUCGCCACCUUCUGCAAUCAGCCGCGCGAGUGCACCCACUGCAGGAGCUCCGCCGUGGCGUUUGGCUGCGAGCUGUGCGAGGACUUCUUCUUAUGUGAAAACUGUCGGUUUGACCUGAAGGUGGUGCACGCGAUACACGACCCCACCCACGCCAUGCUGUCGAUCCAAGAUAACCACUGCAGCUCCAGCCGCACCUUUGGCGGUGACUCCAUUUUCUCCCUCUCCGGCGAGGGCGGUGCGAGCAGCCUCUUUAACCCGCCGUGUUCGCGGUGCGGGCGCGUCAUCGACGACACGGAGCCGGUCUACCGGUGUGAGCAGUGCGACUACGUACUCUGCCAGGAGUGCUUCUUCAAGCCGCCGGAGCCGGUGGUGGCCGACGCGGAGUCGCCGCACGAACACGUCCUCAAGCGCUUCCAACGCAAGUCAAAGUCGAGCGCCGUUCACGAAGGUGCCGUGGUGAACAAGUCGCGAAGCAGUGGCGGCAACCGAGUUAUUAACGACUACGUGGUGGUGCGCCUGCUGGGGCAAGGCUCGUACGCGAAGGUGAAGCUGGUUCAGCACAUUCGCACACAGGAGCUCUUUGCGCUCAAGAUACUCAAGAAGCAAAAGAAGGCGUCCAGCUCCGGCAUGAAUCUUGGCCGCAGUCGGGUGAAACUGGCAAGCGCCGGCGUCAGUGAUGACGACCUCCUGCGCGAGAUUGCCGUGAUGAGGUUCAUCGAUCAUCCGAAUAUUACGAAGUUGAAGGAGGUGAUCGAGGACGUGGAGGCGCAGAAGGUGUACGUGAUUAUGGAGUACUGCGAAGAAGGCCCGGUGCACGUUCUCGGCACCCCACCGCUGGCACUCGCGCAGGUGCGGCAGUACGGCGCUGAUAUUAUGCGAGGUCUGCUGUACUUACACUCGGAGUUUCUGUAUCAUCGCGAUAUCAAGCCUGCGAACUGCCUCGUGAAUCACGAUUUGGUUGCCAAGAUUGCGGACUUUGGCACGUGCAACAGUCAAAUACGGACGAAAUCAACGGACGGUACGUUGGCCUUCAGCUGCCCUGAGCAGGUCCGCGGAGAAGAAGUCUCGGGCGAGGCGGUGGACAGCUGGGCCUUUGCUCUCACCCUGUACGAGAUGGCCUACGGCAUCCUGCCCGUGUCGACCACGUCGCUGCUGCAGCACCGCAACGCGCUGCUCGGGGCAGAGCCGAUUUCCAUCCCCGACAGUGGCGACUCCCAGUUGCGGGACCUACUCGCCGCCAUGCUGAACAAAGACUUAAAGAGGCGCAUGCUGCUCUCCGCCGCGGCCUGCCACCCCUUCUUUGCAGCGCUACACAUCGACCCGCAUGGCGCGCCGUGCAGCUCGAGCCAGCUCGCCACGACGAAGGAAACGGGGGCGCCGGCGCAGUCCCCCACGGUCCACGACGUGCCCUCUUCUCACGGAGAUCAUCAGCAGCAGCAGCAGCAUGGCUCUCUCACAGAGCUGUACGACAAGGCUCUUGAAUCAGUGUACCGCGGCAAAAACCUGAAGGACUGCUUCCACGGUGUCCGUGCGCUGCGCCGCAUACGUCGCAAGGAGGCAGAGACGGCCCGGCACGCCAACGAAGCGGCGGCGGCGGCGGACGGCAACGACGACGACGACACGGCGUACUACUUCGACGAAGACGACGAGAACGGCAGCGGUGUGCUGCACAGCCGCGACACCGAUUUGGACACCUCGCUGCGCAGCCCGACCGGAUACGGCUGUGGCAGCAGCAGCAGCCCCUCCGGCAGCGUCACCGGUGAGCCGGACUACGAGGAGGCGGCAGCGGCGGCAGCAGCGGCGAGUGCGGUGGAGGAGAUCGUAGAGCACCACGCCACAACCAAGGAGCCGAAGGUGGAGGUGACCUACGUGAACCUGUCACGUCAGAGCACGUUGGAGAAGCUGAAUCAACUCUCCGCGACGGUGGUGGAGCUGCGGCUGAGCCACAACGCCCUCGCCGCCACCGCCGGGCUGCAACUGAGCGCAUUUAGCGUAUUGAAGGAGGUCAGCAUCUCUUUUAACCGUCUUGACGAGUUUCCCGAGGACGUUCUUCUGAUUCCGCGUCUGGUCCGGCUGGACGUGUCGCACAACCGCAUCCCCGCCAUCCCGCCGUCGCUGGUGUCUCGCGCGCCGUUCCUGGAGCGGCUGAACCUACACCACAAUUGCAUCACGCACGUUGGCACGGUGACGGGGCCCACCGACGCGGGGCCUGCUUCCGUCUCCGCCCCUGCCGCCGCCAAGGUGGUCUCUGUCUUAGCGGCGCCGUGUCUUCGGCACGUGCGGCUCAGCGGCAACCCGCUCGACUCGCUGCCCCUCGCCUUGGAGACGACGAAUCAUCUGAAGCUGGUGCUGGACGCCAUCCCGGCUCUUAUGGAGCAGUGGCAGGCGUACGCGCAGACGCACCCGACCACCGCCACGGCGACCACCGACAACGGAACAGCCGCGCCGGCACAAUCCCCUUCCUUGCUAAGCAAUAACAACACCAUACGAGGGGACAAUGCAGCUGCCAAAUCCGAUGCGGCCACCACCACCACCUCGCCACCGCCAACACCGUUUAAGAGCAAACUUCCCGCUGUGAUUGUGUGGGAUGACAGCUUUCCGGUGCGCAUCCCAGAUGUGGAGCCGGCGGUGUGGCUCGCAGUGAACAACACAGCGGUCUACCGCGUGCAGACGCUGCGGACAUGCCGCACGCGCCGCGUUGUGCUCUGUCAGUGCGCCGACGCUCGCUUCCCCAACGGCGCCUUUGACCGCGCAGACUUGGAGAAGUACUUUGCGGAGUUGACCAAGGCACUGCAGGAGCACCGCAGGGAACGCCAGCUGAACGGCUCGCUGGAGGCGUCGGAUGUGGGGAACUCGAUGGCGAGCGGGCCGCUGCCCUCAAUCGUCAGUCGUGCGGCGCGCAGCUACGUCGAGUCGUACUUCUUCGUUACAGACGACGAAACCGAAGAGGACGGCGGCUACCACGAUUUGGUGGAGUACCUGAACGACGCCUUCGCGGCGAAGGAGGCGGUGCUGGUGGUGGUGGUGACGAACGGCAAUAAGAGCGCGGUGCGCACCAACAUUGUGGCAGCCCUCAGUACCUGCUUAACGCAGCUGCGCGGGAAGGAUUUGGACGACGUUAGUGAGCAGGCGGAGCUGGUGGUGAGCACGAUGCGGAGCCUCUACGCGUAA